AAAUAUAAGCAGAAGAAGAUCCGCAGUGUUUCUGUAGAGAAUCAGGAUCUGCUGCAGAAAGGACAGACGUCUCGUUACAAAUUCUUCUUCUGCUUGUAUCGGCUGUUUUACUGGAGAGUUCUGAAUUAAAACUCAUCAAAACCCACCAACAAAAGAAAGACUCUACUGUUCAUUACAAACACAGAAGAGAUGGACUAUGAAGAUACGGUGUCCCAAACCUUCAAUACUGAAGUAACAUCUCCUGAUAUUCUCAACAAAACAUCUAGCGAACAAAUACUGACAAUUACACACAAUGAAAAAACUCUCUACUGCUCAGAGUGUGGAACAAGUUUCAGUCGACAAAGUGGACUUCAAAGACACCUGAUCGUUCACACUGGAGAAAAACCCUAUCGAUGCACAGACUGUGGGAAGAGUUUUACUCGACAGAGUACUCUCCAAGAACACCAGCGCGUUCACACUGGAGAGAAACCGUAUCACUGCUCACACUGUGCACAAAGUUUUACUUCUCUGAAAGCUCUUAAAGAACACCAGUAUAUUCACACUGGAGUGAAACCAUAUCAGUGCUCAGACUGUGGGAAGAGUUUCAAUAGACAGAUUAAUCUUAAGAGACACCAGCGCAUUCACACUGGAGAAAAACCGUAUUACUGCUCAGAGUGUGGAAAAAGUUUUAGAGAAACAAGUUCCCUUAAAAUUCACCAGCGCAUUCACACCGGAGAGAAACCGUAUCAGUGCUCAGACUGUGAGAAAAGGUUUUCUGAACUGGGUAGUCUCCAAAAACACCAGCGUAUUCACACCGGACAGAAACCUUUUCAUUGUUCAAAAUGUGGCAGCACCUUUACUGAACGCUGUCAGCUUAAAAUACAUCAACGCAUUCACACUGGAGAGAAACCGCAUCAGUGCUCGGAGUGUGGAAAGAGUUUCAGUAGGCACGAUCAUCUCCGAAUACACCAGCGCGUUCACACUGGAGAGAAACCUUUUAAUUGCUCCAAGUGUGGGAAGAGUUUUACAGAAAGUGGUUCCCUCAAAAUACACCAGCGCAUUCACACUGGAGAGAAACCGUAUCACUGCUCUGAUUGUGGAAAGAGCUUUUCCAUAGCCAGUUCUCUCAAGACACACCAGCGCAUUCACACUGGUUUGAAACCUUAUUAUUGCUCAGAGUGUGGGAAGAUCUUUAGAGAGAGUUGUGCCCUCAAAACACAUCAGCGUGUUCACACUGGAGAGAGGCCGUAUCAGUGCUCAGAGUGCGGGAAGAGCUUUACUCAACGCAGCAGUCUCCAAACACACCAGCGCGUUCACACCAGAGAGAAACCGUAACCCGGUUUAAGCUGUAGAAGGAGCUUCGUGUUCAGAUUGUUGAGCCACCAGUCGUGUUGAAUUUAAAAAUAAGUGAUGUGUUUUAUCUCAUAGAUGCCUUAGGUUCUCCUUCUUAGAAGCGAGCAAUGAUGCCCGGUUCACACUACACACCAUUCAGAGUGGAGCGAUGAUUGGACUGUUCACACUACAAACCAUGAUUGUCUGACUGUCUGCAGAAUAAAUCUAGAUACAGUUUAGAUAUGCCCCAAUUCAGAUUUGGCUGGGAGUCUGAACAUCACAUUAUUGAUUGUUAUUUAAAAGCUUCUUCUGAAAGUUUUCUUUAAGUUUUGAAUUUAGGGAAUCAUUAUCUUCAGUCAUCAGCUUUGCAGUCUUGCGACUUUAAUUCUCGGACUCUUGCAUCAUCUGGCAGCUUUUCUGUUUUUGAAAUGAGGAUCUUAAAAUGUAAAGGCAAUUCAUAAUUUAUAUGUAAGUUAUUCACUUCUUUAAUAUUAAAUGUUUUAAAUGUUUUA